AUGAGCCGCUGGCGCUGGACAUAUGUGGUGCUGGGGCUCACUCUGCGAAUUGCCCUGUUGUUCUGGGGAACAUACCAGGACAAGCACGCCUCGCUGCCAUAUACAGAUGUCGACUAUGCCGUGUACAACGACGGCGCACGUGCGCUGUGGACCUCAUGUCCCCUCUCAGCGACGAUCGACUCCAAGCUGUACGAAGACGAAGAGGACCUGCUCAAUGUGCCUGAGCUUGCAGAGAAUGUCCACUGUGCGCGCGGCUUGAUACCAGCCGUUUCGCGCUUCGUCCUGAAGAAUGACCCUGCCCGCUCCGACACAGCAACGAUGGAAUGGGACCCCGUAUGGACUCCGUAUUUGAUCUUCAGCUAUGCUUGGACACGGCCGCUUUUCCGCUUCCUCGGAUCUCUGGGCGAUCCAUUCGUUCGCACGACUUACCGCUACACGCCUUUGUUAGCGAUGCUCCUUGGCCCUGGUCACGUUCAAGACGGCGCCGAUGGUGACGGCAUGUGGCCAUGGUUGGGGAAACUUAUCUUUGCGCUUGCUGACGUCGGCUGUGGCAUAUUGAUGUGGGCGAUUCUCGAUGAGCGACAAGCUAUGCAUGCAUACGAAGCCCCUGCAUUGCGUCAUGCAAAGCUCCUUACACACUUGCCUGGCACCCUGUGGCUAGUGAAUCCAUUUCCGGCACAAAUCGCCACGCGGGGAAGUUCCGACAGUCUUGUGGGUUUGCUUGUUCUCGCAUUCUUGUAUUUAUUGAUUCGUGCGACACCUGAGAUGUCGCUUGUGCGUACGCCGGUUCUUGAGUCCGACAAGCUCCCGCCACGGCACGACCCAAGCGACUUGCGCGUCGCUAGUACGUCCUGUUUCUAUGGCGCAGCUUUUUGCCUGGCUCUGGCCGUGCAUGUCAAAAUAUACCCAGUCAUCUACGGAGCAAGUGUCCUUGCGCACUUGGCCAACUACCAGCACUAUGCGCUGGUGAUGUUGUGUGGCAUACCGAAGCCGAAACGCUGGGAUGUGCUGCGCCUCGGCUUGAGAUUUGGUGUGUGCGCUGCUGCAUUCUGCGCAGUGCUCACCGCUUUUGCUUGGGGAAUCUGGGGCGAGCCGUAUAUCCGACAUGCCCUGCUCUACCAUGUGGUACGCCAGGAUCACCGCCACAACUUUAGCGUGUACUUUUUGCCGACAUACUUGUCCUUGGACCACAGUGCGUUAUCACAUCUAGCUCCCCUGGCUCCCUGGCUCAGACAAGCCGCAGAGCUUCUCAGCUUUGUCCCACAGCUUCUGACGGUCGGCUUUGCAGGCUUUGCUCUCGGCGGCAAAGACCUCGUGAUGGCUUGCACCGUGCAGACAAUAGUAUUUGUCGCGUGGAACAAAGUGUAUACUAGCCAGGUAUGUUGGCACCGUCUCUUCAUUGUGUAA